UCCUGUUCUUGCUCGAACACGCUCUCUGCUUUGUUCCACAAUGGCAUCUUCUACUUCUCGGGUGCUAUCGAGAUUAUCUUCUCGAUUACAGCCUGUGGCUCUCAAACUUGGCGGCAACAAGAAAGCCUCAAUUCCGGCCUCCAUAUCAUCUUCGACGGCCUCUCAAUCUGCCGCUAAACGCAGUUCGUGGAUUUCAAGGUUACCUGUGGAGUUGAGCGGUGCUGAGACGAUGUUACCGUUGCAUAGUGCGAUAGCUUCGGCUCGGCUGACGUCCAGCUUGUCCAUCGAAUCACGUCUCUGGGGAUUAGUUCCGCAAGGUAUUUCAUUGCCUUUAUGACAGCAUUUUGUGGACUGGUUCCAGUGAUGCUGUUUCUCUGCUUGGCUACGAAUUAGGCUUCUUACUUUUCGGAAUUUCAGAAAUUGAAAAUGCAUCUAUGCUACAAAAUAACAUUUCGCUUUCAGUUUUGACACCUCUGAUUUUUGUCCUUCUUCGAUGUAUGCAUCUGUCCUAGAGCUCAACUACUCUUGUUCGGUGAAAUUGGCAUGUUAUAAUCAAUUGGCUGGUGCAAGUCUGCAAAAGAGAGAGUUAAUGGCUUGAGUGCUGUUUUCACUUCGAUAUGUUGGAGUUUGACUGCAUGUGAUGUUUAAGGAUUCCUUGGUUCCAGCAUCAGUAAACGGAAGUUAUAUUCUGACGUAUUGGCAAGAUGGUGAAAUUCAUCACCUUUAUAUAUAUGUAACUUAGGCCAAAUUUAAUUUGAACUCAGGUUAACAAGAUUUGAGGCUACUUACAGUU